AUGCUGAGCCCACCCAGGUCAUGGGCAUCUGCGCCGCCAAGGAUGGACGAGACGACAAGGCCCACGUCAUCAUCCUCACGUGCAACUUGGCGAUCAGUCACUGGUCCUAGGAGUGAGUUGCACCAUGUCGAGUCAGACACUGCUUGGUACUUAGGCGGGGAUGGUCGCCUUCGUUCCGUCGCUACUGCGAUGGUGGUGGGCUGGUGCUUUAUGGUUUCGCUAUGGGUGCCGGGAAAAUCUGCCUUCUACUCAGACAUGGACGACAUUCCAAGCUUCGCAGAGUCGAAGAAGAUCACAGCUGCGAUAAAAAAUAUCCAAACAGAGGCGGAAAGGAGGCCGAUGGGCUGCAUAGUCAAUGUUCAAUCAAUUCAACGUGUUCUUCCUUUAAUUAGUCCUGCUUCCUCAGGUUCUUGA